AUUUGUAUAGAUCUUGAGAUUUUGACAAAUAGAUCGCAAUAAGGCUCGUUGCUCAUUCUAUUCCUAGGAUCUUCAACUAGACUUCUCGAUAAGAAAGAGUCUUCGUUAGCUCAAAAGAGACGGACAUGUCUGAAUCAAAGGAUGAGAAAGCACAGGUUGCAGCAGACAGGAUCAAAGCUGCAGCACUCACCGCUUCCAAAGGCUUAAGCCGCACCCAAGCUGAGCGAGCAGCUGCUGCUGCUUCCAGAAACGUCAACGCUUACGGUCAGAAGGAGGAAGGUCCGAGCAGAUGGCAGGAGAAGAGGGAAGCCAAGAGGCAGAUGUAUCUGAUGAGUACCGAGAAAGCUGUGAGGCUUGGGGAAAGGAAAGACAAGUCAGUGUCGGCAUCGGUGGUGGGAGGAAGCAGCUUGGCGGCUUCGCAGUGUCAGAAGUGUUUCCAGACGGGGCACUGGACUUAUGAGUGCAAGAACGAGAGGGUUUACAUCUCUAGGCCUUCGAGAACUCAGCAGCUUAAGAAUCCUAAACUGAGGACGAAGCCUUCUGUUGAUGAUCUUGAUGGUGAUGAUGAGAAGCUAGAUGCAGGAAACGGGAAAGAUGAAGAAGAAGGUGAGAGGCGGUCGUCCAAGAAGAGCAAGAGAAAGCAGAGGUCGAAAUCUGAGUCUGGCAGUGACAGUGAAGCUUCUGUGUUUGAAACAGAUAGUAGUGACGGCUCUGAAUCGUCUGGAGAGAGUGAUUCGGAGUACAGUUCAUCGUCUGAGUCGGAGGAGGAAAGGAGGAGGAGGAGGAGAAGGAAUAAGAGGAAGAGCAAGAAGAAGCCAAAGCAGAGGAAGGAAAGGCGGAGAAGAAAAUACAGCUCUUCUUCAUCUGAGGAGGAGUCGUCUGACUCAGAAUCAGCUUCGGACUCUGAUUCUGAUGAAGACAGAAGCAGUAGAAAGAAGAAGAGCAAGAGGCACAGCAGCAACAACAAGCGUCGUUGAAUUGGUUUUCAGGGAUGAUGAAAAAUGUCAUAUGCCUUUUUAGAGUGAAUCAUUUUGAGCUACAUUAGAAACUCUUCCUUUUCUCAAGUUUCAACUUUGCUUUUUCUCAGCCAUUUAUGACUGUGUUGGUGUUGUAAUACAGUGAUGGGGUUUGAGAAUCUCCUUUUAGUUUCCA